AUGAGCAAGUGUUGUUUAUGCACUUGCGACUUAGAUAAUGGCCAACCAAUUGUGGAAUUGCAUAAGAAAGGAGCCGACUCCAUGAACGACGUUGGCGAUGAAGGGAUUAACUUUGAGAUUGGCCAGAAGGUCACGUUAAUUGCCGCAGAGAUUUCUGCCGAGAAGCUGGUUGAAAGAAAAACUCUGGACCGACAAUUGCAACAAAAGUCAAAUCAACCACUUCAAGAUGCUCGUCGAAUCCUCAAUUUCUAUGGAAUGAGCAUUGCUUCUUCUGUGGUGAACCAGCAAAAUACGAUGGGUGCAAGAAAGGCUUUGAAGUUAUCCCAGUGA